CUAAAUCUGGUCUAGCCUCCAGUCAAUCAAGUCGCGAAAACCCAGCCGAAAUCCUUACUACCAAACAACAAUAGUGGGUUUAAUUUGAAAAGUGAUGAUGUCCGACUAUUACGACCGCUAUCAUCGCUGGGAGCCUUUGGCCGAAUUUCAUUUCUCUAUCGACGAAAACGAGGAUCUUUAUGACGACGAUAAUUAUUUCUAUUGUUUGUGCAGUCGAGCUUUCAUAAGGGAUGGGGUGAACACUUAUUUUGCUGAUAAAGAAUGUGGCAGUGAGAGUGAUUGUGAAAUAGUGUCACAAUCACAAGAAGUUGAUGAUCACUCCCACGUCCAUUUCUCUGCGAAUACUUCCUACAAAGUUAAGUGUGAGAAAGAUGAAGGUGCCAGCUGUUAUUGCAGCGCAUCACACACAGACAACUAUGGUUCAAAUGAUGAACUGGAUCCUACUCAAAUGCACUGUUUUCCAUCUCAUCCUCUCCAGCCUAGUGAUAGUGGGGCAGACCUAACUUAUCAAGAUUGUCAUUCAGACUACACCACUCAUGAUAAAAUAGAGAAAAUGGAACAAAAUUUUGCUGAAAUCAAUGAAAACUACUUAUCUGUGGACACAUGGGAAAAGUUUUGGGCUUUGAAUGGUGAAAGAAUAAUAUGGGCAUCAUGGAUAGAGAAAUAUAGUGAUUAUAUAAAUCCUGCUUUUCUGGGAGAAAAUAAUGAACUAUCAAUGGAUAAUUAUAAUAUUCCGAAACAACAUUCCACUGAACCCAUUUGUUAUAAAGCAGUGGAUUCUAAGCACAAAAAUGAAAAUGAAGAUGUAAGAGAAAGAAAAUUCUCUUAUGACUCUAAAGUUAAUCCAUAUAAAAAGAAGCAAAAAGAACUAACUAUAGAGGUUAAUAAAAUUGAUAAAACUGAUGGAGUAAUAUCAAAUAAAGAUGAUAUUUGGGCUCCUGUGCAUAGAAGAAGGUCAUGUUCUGAACAUGAAAGAAUUGUAAGUCCUAGGACUCUACCUGGGACUGAUUCAAUGACAAAUGUGACUAAAUUAACAUUAUCAAGUUAUAAUGUCACAUCAAGUCAUGUCACAUCAGUAUCAACACCUACUGAUGAUUACAGUGUAUCAUCAAGGUCAUCUGAUGAUCAGUAUAAUGAUCAAACACGAAUUGUUAAUAUUGAAUACACAGAAUCACAAGAGGUCAAUGGUGAAGAUCAUUGGCAAUUACUCUGGAAGAAGAAUUUUGGAGAGCAGUAUGCUUUACAUUACGCUAACUACCUAGAAUGUCAUGAAGUGCAUAAUAAAUUGUUGAAAACAAAUACUAAUGUCGAAAAUAAAAUGGAAGAACUAAAAGUUGUAGACGUUGAAUGUGAGAAUAGCGAAGGUAAUUCACAAGAACUACCAUCGGUUAUUGAAGUUCAGACGAAAAUUGAUCAAAUUAAAUUGGACGAAAAACCAGCUAAGUUAAAAAAGAGGAGUAAAAAAUCUAAUAAUCGUAUUAUAAGUUCAGUGGGUAUGCUGCUACAGAAUUUGCUUAAAGAGCAAAAGGAUAAAGAAGUUGAUCAACCAAUUGAAGGGGAAGAUGGAGCUAAAAUUAAAAGUGAAGUGGUUGCAUUGGAUACAGUUGAUAGUAAUUUAGGGAGCAACACAGUGCAACAAACUAAUACAAAUAUUAUUUGCAAUAAUCAUAAUGACGAUGAAGACAAUGAUCCACCUAAAGAAAAGCCAAUAUCUUUAAAAAGAAGCCACGAAAUGGAUGAGGAUGAAAUUGCUACGCAGAAGAUAAAAGAAACAUUUCAAAUAAUGGGAUUUUCGUGUGACUCAAAACAACUACCGAAAGGACAACCCGUUUAUAGAAAACGCUUGGCCAAACUGCGUCCACCGAGAAAUCGAAGAUUAGGCGUCUCAAAAAAAACGUAUUUUGACGAUGAAGGGAAUGCUUGCAUAGAUCAGAGUCAUGAAUCUCAAGAUGAUGAGGAAAUGCUGACCGAAGAUGACGAAAAUGCUCAAGAAAUACAAUUGGAUAUUGAAAAGAACAAUACUGAAAAUAGUCAAAACAAAAAGGGCGAAAAAGAAAAUGUAACUGGUGAAUCGGAAAGCAAAUUACAGGAAACUGUGGGAGAUUCGCCAAAUUCAGAAGUACUUGUUAGUGAUCCUUCAGAAAGUAGAUGUGAAGAAACUACUGGUGAAGUGACCGAAAAUAAAAGUCCAACAAAACGAAGGCGUAGACAAAAAAGGUAUGCCAAAGUGGAAGAGGUUUUCGAUACAUCAGACAUGCCAGCCGAACUGAGAGAUGACCCCAAAAUGCAUAAAUAUUGGAAGAAGAGACAUUCCCUAUUUCAUAGAUUCGACGAGGGAAUAAAACUGGAUCGCGAAAGUUGGUUCAGCGUGACGCCAGAGAACGUAGCGCGUCACAUCGCAACCAAAUACGUUUACGAUGUAGUCGUAGACGCGUUCUGCGGCGCUGGCGGCAACACUAUACAAUUUGCGCAGACUUCUAAAAAAGUCAUAGCCAUAGACAUAGAUCCUGUUAAACUAGAGAUGGCAAAACACAACGCGGCUGUAUACGGCGUGGCGGAUAGGAUAGAGUUCAUAGAGGGAGACUUCUUCGAGAUAGGACCAACGCUGUCUGCUGAUAUGGUGUUCUUGAGCCCACCAUGGGGUGGCCCGAAGUAUUCAGAGCAAUUAGAGUACGAUAUAGAAACGAUGUUAGAACCGAAACCAGCAUCAGAGCUAAUGAGGGUGGCUCGAGAAAUCAACUCUAACGUCAGCUUGUAUUUACCGCGAAACGCAAAAACAGAUCAGAUACUAUCACUAGCUCAAGAGGAAGGUAGUUCUGUAGAAAUCGAACAAAGUUAUCUGGAUAGAAGAUUUGUAGCUAUUACUGCAUACUUUUACUAACAUUUGAAUUUUUUUUAUCGAAAUAUAUAACAUUACUGUCAAAUUUAGUUAUUUGCUUUUCCAAUAUACAUGAAUGAAAAUAGAUGAACGUUUAAUAGGGUAACUGUGUUAUUGUUGAUACAUUACCGGUGUCUUUGUCUGUGGAUAUACACAUUUUUGACUUACUUUUUUAUUUUACACACAACACUGAUAUUAAGUUAUAUUAAAAUAAGCGAAAAAAUUGAAUUAUAUAAAAGUUUUCUAUAUGUCUUGUACAUUAUGUGCAUUCAAUGACUAACUCGUAUAUUUUACAGAUUAUAUAUUAUAAAAUGCAGUGAAAAAAUAAAUAGUUUUUUUAUACAUAUCACUCCACUUUUGUAUG